AUGAAGUCAGGCGGAACCUAUGUUCCUCUUGAUUCCAACUACUCGAGUCAACGGCUAACAUGUAUCUUGGAAGAUGCCGAACCAUUGUGUUUAUUAGCUGAUGCGACUGGCCAAAAGGCUCUUGGAGACCAUCAAGUACCGAUGGUAGAUUUGAAUCAUGCGUUUUCGAAUGGCUUUUCAACAGCAAAUCCUGACCCGAACAAACUGGGACUAAAUACAAAGCAUAUGGCUUAUUUGAUUUACACAUCCGGAUCUACUGGAACUCCGAAAGGAGUAAUGAUUGAGCAUCAAGCUAUAAUCAAUCUUGUCUACGGUGUAUCGCAACUCAUAGAUGUCGAUUCCAACACUCGAAUUUUGCAGUUUGCAUCUUGUUGUUUCGAUGCCAGUAUAUGGGAAAUUGUAAUGUCUAUUACAACUGGAGCUUGUCUCUGCAUGCCAAAUGAAGAAGUACGCAAAUUGGAUACUGCUUUGCUUAAUUACAUCAACGCUGAAAGGAUUACUCAUGCGCUUUUACCACCGGCACUAUUCCGAAACACACAGAACCUAACCCAUUUGACUGGUUUGAAAACAUUGCUUUUGGGAGGAGAAGCUCCUUCGUUAUCUUUGCUACAAACUGUUUCUACCCACACUCCCGUUUUCAAUUGUUAUGGUCCAACUGAGACAACGAUCGUUGCGACCACAUGGUUGUGUCCAGAAAAUUUCUCUAGCGCCUCGAUACCAAUCGGUCGCCCAUGUUCCAACACAAAGAUUUAUUUGCUGGACGCUCAGGGUGAACCAGUUCCAUUGGGAGCCGAAGGAGAGGUGUAUGUUGGCGGUGCUGGUGUAGCUCGUGGCUACCUUAAUCGAUCUGAUCUUACUGCAGAACGCUUUUUGCCUGAUCCAUUCAGUAACAAGGGAGGAGCUCGAAUGUAUCGUACCG